AGGCGGGGAGCGCUAGCAGCAGCGGGGAGAGAAGACCCGGUAGAGCGCGAGGAGGGAGAGAGAGAGAGAGAGUGAGCGAGAGAGAUCGAGCGAGAAAGAGAGGAGAGAGAGAGCGACGACCGUCAGGGUCCGCGUGCCUAACGGACGGACGACACGGAAAGGGGGACGACUGAGAGAACCAGUGAUCGUCCAACAGAUAGAAAGACGGACAAAUUGAAUGAAGCUGCUCUUGGUGCUUCUGAAGGACCCUCCCAUGUUUUGAUUUGCUCUAUUUUCUACUUUCCAAACGUGGUUUCACCGAUCCUCUCUCAGCCAUGCCGUCCAACAGUCCUGCAGCCGCCGAGCCGCCCGAGACCCCAGAGAACGACACAAACAUUGAUGUGAUUGAAGAUGGAGCAGACCAUGACAGUCCAGAGGAGGGGACGCCAGCGAGUCCCCGCACCAAGCGCAGAGUGGGUCGUCCCGGCAGGAAACGCAAACAGCUGCUUCCUGAGAUGGCGACCUCUGACCCCUGUGCAAACGCACCCCCCACCCCGCCUGAGGACUCUGCGCCCUCCCCCUCGCCUCGCAAGAAGCGCGGGCGUCGGAAACUAGAGCAAACCGAGAAGAAUAAGGUUCCUCCUCCUGCAGACGAGCCAGACGACAGAAACUGCGACUCCCCUGGAGAGGUUGAGGCUGGCAGGCUGCGGAGGAGGCCGGUCCCCAGAGUGACUUUCCAGGCUGGAGAUCCGUACUACAUCAGCAGGAGACGGAAAGAAGAAUUGCUGAGCCGCUGGAAGAUGGAGGCGGAGCGUCGGGCGUACAUAGAGGCAGAGAUGAACAUAAUGGACGCCCAAUCAGAAGCCAUCUUUCAGAAAGAGGAGGGGCCAUCAAGCCCGGCCCCGCCCCCUUCACAACAACACAUCGCCCCUGCCUCGCCAACAGUUGCCGUGACGCCAGAGCCCGGCAACAGGGUGGAGCGGGCCACGCCUCGAGAGGUGGAGUACCAGGACGGCCGGGGUUUUGGAAUCGGUGUCUUGGUGUUCGGGAAGCUGCGGGGUUUCUCCUGGUGGCCCGGCAGGAUCGUGUCCUGGUGGAUGAGCGGCCGGAGCAGAGCUGCAGACGGCACUCGCUGGGUCAUGUGGUUCGGAGACGGAAAGUUCUCUGUGGUGUGUGUGGAAAAGCUCAUGCUUCUGAGCUCCUUCUCAUCUGCCUUCCACCAACCCUCCUACAACAAACAGUCCAUGUACCGGAAAGCCAUUUUCGAGGCUCUGCAGGUGGGUAGUGUGCGUGCGGGGCGGCCCGUUCCCUCCUGUGAUACGAGCGAAGAUGCGGAGGGGUUGGAGAUUCAGACCCGACAGAUGAUAGAGUGGGCCAUGACCGGCUUCCUGCCCAACGGCCCGUCAUCACUGGAGCCUCCAGAGGAGGAACAGAAUCCAUGUAAGGAAGUCCCCGUCUUCCCAGAGAUGUGGACGGAGCCGGAGGCCGCGUACACGCCUCCACCCACCAAGAAACCACGCAAAAACGCAGCGGAAAAACUAAAGAUCAGAGAGGUGAUCGACGAAGGGACCAGAGAGAGACUCAUAUGUGAGGUCAAACAGAAAACCAGGAACAUAGACGAUAUGUGCAUCUCCUGUGGAAGCCUCAACGUCAGCAUCGAGCAUCCUCUGUUCGGAGGAGCCAUGUGUCAGGGCUGCAAAAACUCGUUCCUGGAGUGCGCGUACCAGUACGACGACGACGGCUACCAGUCCUACUGCACCAUCUGCUGCGCAGGAAGAGAGGUGCUCAUGUGUGGAAACAACAACUGCUGCAGGUGUUUCUGCGUGGAGUGUGUGGAUCUGUUGGUGGGGACGGGCUCUGCGGCGGUCGCCAUUAAAGAAGAUCCCUGGAACUGCUAUAUGUGCGGAUCGAAAGGCGCCUACGGGUUGCUACGGCGACGGGACGACUGGCCCUCCAGACUGCAGAUCUUCUUCGCCAACAACCACGAACAGGACUUUGAGCCAGCCAAGUUGUAUCCUCCAGUUUCGGCAGAGAAGAGGAAACCAAUCAGAGUUCUCUCUCUGUUUGACGGCAUUGCCACAGGUCUGCUGGUGCUGAGGGAUCUGGGGAUGCAGGUGGACAAAUAUGUUGCGUCCGAGGUGUGUGAGGACUCCAUUACUGUGGGCAUGGUCCGACAUCAUGGCCGCAUCAUGUACGUGGGAGACGUCCGCAACGUAACACGCAGACAUAUCGAGGAGUGGGGACCAUUUGACCUGGUGAUCGGAGGAAGCCCCUGCAACGACCUCUCGAUAGUCAACCCUGCAAGGAAAGGGCUUUUUGAAGGGACUGGUCGGUUGUUUUUUGAGUUUUACCGCCUGCUGCACGAGGCUCGACCAAAAACAGGCGACGUACGUCCGUUCUACUGGCUGUUUGAGAAUGUAGUCGCCAUGGGAGUCAGCGACAAAAGGGACAUCUCCCGCUUCUUAGAGUGUAACCCGGUGAUGAUCGAUGCCAAGGAGGUCUCUGCCGCCCACCGCGCUCGCUACUUCUGGGGAAACCUGCCCGGCAUGUCCAGACCUCUGACAGCCAUGUCGAAUGACAGGUUGGACCUACAGGAGUGCCUCGAGCACGGACGUACAGCCAAGUUUGAGAAGUUGCGUACGAUAACGACACGCUCCAACUCUGUGAAGCAGGGGAAAGACGAGCAUUUCCCCGUCUUCAUGGAAAGCAAGGAGGACAUCCUGUGGUGCACCGAGAUGGAAAGGGUGUUUGGUUUCCCCGUCCACUACACCGACGUGUCCAACAUGAGUCGUCUGGCACGUCAGAGGCUGCUGGGACGGUCCUGGAGCGUCCCCGUCAUCCGGCACCUCUUCGCCCCGCUCAAAGAGUACUUCGCCUGCAACUAGUCACGCACCAACUCUCUCACACACACACACACACACACACACACACACACACACACACACACACACACACACACACACACACACACACACACACACACACACACACACAUUUAACAUACAGCAUACAGCUAGUACAUGAGGGUUGGCUGACGCAGGAUGACACAGAUGACCAGACAUACUCAUAUACAGGCCUGUCACAAUAACUACAAAAUAUAAUGUCCCAGAAAUAAUGGCUAUAAACCAUAUUAAUGUCAUUUUAGGACUAUUUUAAGCCACAGAUAUACUGAUAAUAUAAAUGAAUAAUAACAUGCAACUACACACCGUUCCAAAGAGGUAACCAUUUUUUAUUAUAAACAAUAUUUCAAGGAAUAAGUUAACUUCUAAUAUAUCCUUAUUAAAAUAUAAGAUUAAUUCAUUCACACCACAAAACCCUGCUGUUAUUCUGGCAUCAUGUAAGCUGAAAUGUUGUUGACAUUAUUUAUUUAUGCAAUUAAUAAACACGUGUAGAAACAGCCUAUAUGGCCGUAAUCAAAACAUUUUUGGAGGUCAUGUUCAUAAAUCAUACGAUAGUCAAUAACGUUAUUAUUGUGACAGGCCUACUACACACACACACACACACACACACAUACAUACAUACAUACAUACAUACAUACAUACAUACAAACUAACACAAUAAAGGACUGCUUCCCUGGAUCCCAUGUAGACCACUGGCUGACCUUAGUCCCCUGGUGCUACCUUUCUGAUUCUACACACACACACACACACACACACACACACACACACACACACACACACACACACACACACACACACACACACAAAACUGGUGCAGGGUGUAAUGUCCUGUCUUCUCAACACACACUCUUCCCUCCCGACCUUGAAACUGGUGUCUUCUUCUGGCUUUACUGUGUGAGGUCAAACCUCCGGGGGGUUGAACGCUGACAAAGACGCCUGACUUUCUGUUUCUGACUUCUCUCUGAAUACAUCUACACACCAGAGAGUCAAACUGUAACUGUUUCCAUGCGUAGGGAUAGUGCUGCUGACAAAUAUACAAAAACACACACAUCAGUUAACAAUCAUGGUGCUGGUCAGGCAGUAUUAGAGUUCAAAUGGUGCCGCUUUCAUACACUUUUAAAUACAAGAUGUUGGUGCUCGAGGUGACCGAAUGCUCUCUGGUUGUUUCAGUCGCUGAAGUUUUUCUUCCCUGACUUAGAUGAACUAUCUAUUGCAAGCAGGUGGGAGCAACACUAAGCAAGAGUGCUGACAUUUUAAGAUAUAUUUAUGUGGCAAAAAAGAGUCCAAAAGAAAAAUGCAAUUAUGGACAGUAGGAUUUGUAAGAAGCCUUUUUUUUUACGUAACUUCUACUAAAUUGUAAAUAAGAUUAGCAAAUGCUUUGGGUAAUAUACGAUCAUAUUCUGUACACUAGUCAUAUUUUAAGAAUUUGUUUAUUCCCACUUGUACUACAAAAUGUGGGUGUUUUCUGACCCAAACAUCUUACAUGAAUGAAUCCAGAUGAGAUUGUUUCUGCCUCUAGAGGCCAAUUGCCUCUGAGAAAUAUUAGACAAAAGAAAAUACUUUUUAAAUAGCUCAGUGUUGUGCUCACAGAAGCAUUUAAAUGAAAAGGAAACAAAUCAAACCUGAACCCUUAUGGUUACUAAUCAGCUUCUCUUGCAGUUACGCUCCUACUUUGCUUCAUAGGGAUCCAAACCGUCCUCCUGUUAUCUCAGCGACGUUCACUAAAACCAGAGGCAGACCUUCACUCUGUAGACACUAUGCUGGAUUUCUACUUCCUACGACUGAAACAGACAGCCCUGUGUCAUGAAAUAAAGGAUACUUCCUCACAUCACACAGAUUUGAAUGCCCCACCUGUUUUGGGGGGUUUCUUCUGCCUUUUUCCCCAAAUGUUGGGAUACAAUCUGGGACUUGGUACAAGAGAAAACAAGUAAAGAUAACUUAAUAUUUCAAGAGACUCUUGUACACAUACAGGCUAUCCCUAUAAUGUUCAGGAACAUUUCCUACAUGGGGUCAUGUGUGAAUUACUAUUAAAAUACCCCUCUCCUCACCUACCAUGUACCUGAAAAUAAUGAAAGACGUCUUCCACCGUGUGCAUGUACAUCCAGACACUUUUAUUCCAGCGUGUGUGAAUCGGCGCAAAAUGGAAAUGUUCCUGAAUGUAGUGAAUAUUGAAAGUGUGUCCCAGUAAUUUAACGUUAAACGACUCCCAAAAUACCAAUAUUUUAUUUACACAGGGCUGUCUUUUAGAGAAACCAUCUCUUCAGUCUGGUGCUUUUAGUCCUCAGGCGACAACUUCCUCAGAUACCAGCUGACAACUGGACACAUAAAACACACACAUACACACACACACACACACACACACACACACACACACACACACAAACACAAACACACAUUUACAAUAACUAACAAUAAACCAGCAGGUUCAACCUUUUUUCCAUCAUGUUUACUCUGCGUUUAUACAACCAACCUUCAGGUGCUUUUUAAAACUCUGUAAACUCUUUUUUAACAUCGUUCUCGCAGGGUACACACACAUACACACACAUACACACACACACACACACACGUGCUGGAAACACAGUGCCGUCUUAAAGCUUUCUCCUUCCACUACAAAACAUCAACACACAUGCAUACACACUGUGUUUUUGCCGGCCGCCUGUUGCCAUCAGGCUUGGUGCUCCAGACUCCCCCCCCUCCCCUCCCCCCUCCCCCCUCCCCCCAGGUGCUGCAUGUCAGUCAGUCAGUGUAAUCUCUGAAUCCAUGUUAGAUUAGGGAGUAAUGAUAAUAAUAAUCAUGGUAAUAAUAAUUACAAUAAUAAUCUGUUAUCGUGUGUGUGUACUGUUCCAGGUUGGUGCUCAGUUCAGUCUCAGCCUAGAGGGGAAGGAGAGGCUCGAGAAAGCAUAUAUUACAGUUAGUAUAGUGACUUGUUCUAUUGUACCCAAGGAUGCCGAAAGACGUUGUCGAAGCAAACUCUCAAACAACAGCGGGUUGAAAUGACACAGAAUGGAGUUGUGUGGAUGACAAAAUAUAGAAAAAUACACAGAAAUCCCAACAUCUGGGGAAAAUUAAAGUAAAUACAAAGUUUGCCAACAGGAUAGAAACAUAACGUUUUUAUUUGGAAAACAUAAAUAUCAUUGUAAUAAGUUGAGUUUCCUGAAAUAAUAAUAUAAACAUAUACACAUUUUGACAAGCAGAAUCAUUUUGUGUGAUUUCAACACGUCUCUUUGAGAGUACAGAUGGAUUAAAGCAAGAGGAAUGGAGGCGAUAUUUUCAAGCGAUGGGUGACUCGGUGAUGGUGUUUCUGUUUGCCAGCUUUUGGGCUGAGUGAUGCGCCGUUUUCAACACUGAUACACUUACAAACAUAAAACUCACAAAACAUUGUUAUUAACAAACACAAAUGCAGAGAUACACGCACAACAUGGACACACAUACAAGGCUGUGGCGCAUGCAGACACUCAUCUCAUGGACUUAAGGAAAGAUGAGCUUUUAGGAAAAAGGAGGACAUGGUGGUGUUUCAAAGGUGCUAAAAUUUUAUCUGAAAAUAAGAAAAAUAUAUUGUUAGGAGUAUAAAUCAAGUUUGUCUUUACAAUGACUGUAUUUAAGUUUUGUCGUAGUAAUGAAAAGGCACUAUUAUUAUUUUACUCUUGUAUGAAUAUGAACUAAUUAAAAAGGCAUUUUAACUUUGUACUUGAACAAUGUAAGAAAUGAACCGUGAAUAAAAAAAGGACUGUUUCUUGUGA